UGCCUUGUUUAAAUCUGAUUUUUUUUAAUAUCUACACAAUGAUUAAAAAGAGUAAUUAAAAAGAGUGAAGCAAAAUUUGCCUGUUGUGUGAACGUAGCCUUUUACAAGCUUUACACACAGAAUAUGUUUAUUUCGGGUAACGUUACCAUACAGUGUUGGUGAAUGUCACCAAAAAUAUAAAAGCAACCUAAGAACCAGGAGUAUUCUCAGUAGUAUUACUUUCUGUGUCGAAUAUUAUACCAUGAAAAUGCAGAAUGUUAAUGUAAAUAGAAGAAUAUCAUUUUGUUAAUUAAUUCUCAUCCCUUUGAACACCUCAGUAAGGGCUUUUUAUUAAACCUGGGAAGAGGUUGUUUUUCUUUUCUUUUGAGUCUAUUGUUAUACUUUUGUUUUGAAAUUCUCCAACCCAAGCAGCGUGGCCAUAAUCACUGCGCAUGUGCGCCCCGUGGAGACUCCUGCGGUCUGCAGGUAGAGGCUUUUGAACGAAUCGUUUUGUCCUUUAAGAUCAUCAGAUUUGUUCCGCUCAGAUUCCGGGCCGUAUGUGCCGCUUCCAGAUGACUGGGUAUGGGUCAGAGCUCCAGCAGGACGCAGGACAUGUGAAGGUUGUAAACAAGGAUCGUGAAGUCUAAGACGAAUGAGGAUGUCUGAAAUGAUGAAGGUUGAAGCAGAUGAACCUGGAGUGUUCAGCUCGGAGGCCCUCAUACCUGCAGCAUCCACAUCAGAACUGGAGCAGAAACAAGACAACAAAGAUCUCAUCCAUCAAAUGUUUGUGAUUAAAGUGGUUCCCCAUGACUGGAGCCUCAGUUUGAACCAGCAGGAUCCAGAUGACUCUCGCAUAAAGGAGGAGGAAGAGGAGCUGUGGAUCAGUCACGAGGAAGAGCAGCUUAUUGUCAAGAUUGAAGAUGAAGAGAAACCUGAACUUUAUGAGAUCAAAGCAGAUGACAUAAGAGAGACAGAAUCUCCAACCAGCAGCUCAGAUGAGAAGACAGAAACGGAACCUCAUGAAGAGGACAGCGGAGGAUUAGAACUGGAGAGGAACCAAGAUUCAACAUGUUCUUCUCUGCAAACUAAGACAACUUCUCACAAAAAAGUUAGGACAUCUAAGGCAACUGUAAAUGGAGUUCAAACCGAAGCGAAGCCAUUUUGCUGCCAUGUUUGUGGAAAAACUUUCAAGCGCAACGCUCAUGUUAAAUUACACAUGAUGACUCACACUGCAGAGAGAGAACAUUCCUGUGAUCUUUGCGGUAAAGGAUUUAAAGAAAAGAGUUUUGUUCAGACACACAUGAGAAUACAUACUGGAGAGAAACCAUUUUCCUGUGACGUUUGUGGUAAAGGGUUUCAUGCAAAAACCUAUCUGAAAACUCACAUGAAGGUCCAUUCAGCAGAAAAACCUUUUUCGUGUGAUAUUUGUGGUACAAGAUUUAAAAGAAAGGAAAAUAUAAAAAAGCACAAGAGGAUCCACACUGCAGAGAGACCGUUUGUUUGUAGGGUUUGCAAUAAAGACUUUUCACUGCAAAACACAUUGAACAGACACAUGCGUGUUCACACAGGAGAGAAGCAGUUUAUUUGUAAUGUUUGUAGUAAAGGAUUUUCAUUAAAACAUAACCUGAAAAGCCACAUGGAAGUUCACACGGCACCGUUUAGCUGCGGUGAUUGCAGUAAACGUUUUGUAAAAGAAAUCCAGUUGGAGCGACAUGUGAGAGUCCACUCAGAGGAGAGGCCGUAUGGUUGUAACGUCUGUAAAAGUAGAUUUUAUCAAAGGUGUCAACUUGAAAACCACAUGAGAGUGCAUUCAGGAGAGAAGCCGUUUGUGUGCACGGUUUGCAGUAAGGGAUUUUCACAGCUUGGAGAUAUGAGGAGGCACAUGGGUCUUCAUAAAGACUAACUAAACAUAGUUGUCAGCUAAUCUGUCAGUAUUUUUCUGAAUAAUUUGCCUACCUGAUCUCCACAUUAUCGCAUUUAAUUAAAAUAGUUUAAAAAAUAAAACUUAAUCAUUUGUAAUUUGGUUUAUUUUCUAACUGAUCAGUUUUAGUUUAAAGUUCAAAAUGCUACAGUGAAGUUAAUCCUGAUGAUUUUUAACUAGUGAGUUCAAAGUCACCAAUAAACCCAGUUGUGUUUUUACUAAGGCUGUUGCUAAAAAGAUAAGCAUAAUUGAAAAAAAAUUAAAAUUUGAGGCAUUGGGAAAAGAAAAAACCAUAACGGUUCAGAAUGCGUUAGAUUUGGUCCUGAGUGCAAAUCUUUCUACCUUAAAUUUGAUUUUCUUUACAACUGAACAUCAUCUCCAAUUGGGCUGUAUAAUUAAUUGCAAUUACAUAUAUGUGCGAUAUUCUUAUCCAAAUUACUUUUGAAGUGCAAUAAUUGUUGACCAAUAUAUUGCCAGUGUCAAGAAUGCACAUUUUGCAUGCCAAUGUACACACAGCAGCUCUUGAUUCUCAAUUUCAUUUUUUUAUUUUAUUUUUUUACUGAAAUCCAAUUUUUUAAAAUGUUUUUUACCACAAAUUAAAUGCAAACCCAAUCGGACUUCUAUGUCAAAGAUUUAUGGCUUCAACUAGACCCGCGUGCAGAGAAGCAGUGCACUAUUUGCUGAAACAAAGUGUCAGCACUGCUUUUUUCAGUCAUUGCUUAUGUAACGUCUGGCUUCUGAUGCAGAAUUAUAAUGCAUGUCACCAAUGUAGAAGUCCAAUAAAAUGUGACAUGACCAUGUGGAAGUGGCGGAAAUCAAGACUAUUUGGGGGGCUGAAAAGAUUGGAAUUGGACCAUUCAACAUGCCGUGGAAAAGUCAGAUCUGGGUCGCAUAUUGGCAAAACAAAAAAUCGGAUUUGGGUUGCAUUUUUCUGCUGUGUGAACAUAGACUUAAGAUAUUCAGCCUAUCAGACUCUGUCCAACAUUCAGAGUAUGAAGUAGAUGUUUGCACCUCACACAGAUGAGUGUCCAUGUGUUGUGGGAGAGAAGAGACGGACAUUUGAAGGAAUCGUGGUGUUUUGUA